AGGGCCAACAUUUAUCACCAUUGCUAAAGAAAAUUAUAUUCUUAGAUUCGACUGAGAUUUGUCAUUUGAAGAAAUCUAAAGCUAUGGCGGAGGAGAACCAAGUUGUCGGUUGCCACAACAAAAAUGAGUGGGUCGACCAUUUUCAGAAGGGAAAGGACUCCAAGAAACUGGUAGUGGUUGAUUUCACUGCAUCAUGGUGCGGACCCUGCCGUGUCAUUGCCCCAAUCCUCACUGACCUGGCUAAGAAGAAUUCAAGUGUCAUAUUCCUGAAAGUUGAUGUUGAUGAGUUGCAGGAUGUUGCUAAGGAGUGGGAAAUCGAGGCAAUGCCAACCCUUUUGUUCCUCAAAGAAGGGAAAGUUAUUGACAAGAUUGUGGGAGCUAGGAAGGAUGAGCUUAUUGAUAAAGUUGCAAAGCAUGCAGCAGUGGCUGCUGCUUGACUUUGAUUAGCGUUUGGGACUAAAUAAAGAUCAGUAGCAAGUACUAUUUACUUGUUAUCUUGUCUUAUGAUGUUUCUUAUAGACAUCUCCCUGUUUGCUUAUGUAUCUGCUAUAGGUGGUGGUGGUGUGAUGCAGCUUUGGAUGCUGUUAGUUCUACUGCUGUAGUUGGUAACUUUGCUAUGCAUAUAAAAGCUUAAUUAAGUUG